AUGGAUGAAGUACAGCUCCCCAAACUCGAGACUCCAAAGACUAAGCUCAAUGUCAGCAAAAACUUAGCGCCCAAAAGAAAGGCUCUGAUUGUUGCCAUCAAAAGCUCGUCGGUCCCGGAGCUAUUAGAGCUACAGAAUCCGCAUCGUGACGCGCAGAGGAUCAAGGAACUACUCACGAGUAAACCCUAUUACAUUUUUUUCGUAUGCACGUCAGCUCAACCUCUUCUAGGCGUCUAUCAUUACACGGACGUGACUAUGCUGUUGGAUGAGAUCGACCCAAGUAAAGGUGCAACCCAGCCGACUAGCACAAACCUGAUUCAACACAUGAGGCAAUUGGCCCAAGAUGUCCAGUCGGGGGACCAUUUGUUCUUCUACUUUUCUGGCCAUGCUGGCCAGCGAAAGAACCACUGUGGUAGUGAAGAAGAUGGUAAGGACGAAUUUAUAUAUACCAAGAGCGGUAGCUGCAUCUCGGAUAAUAUCCUUCGAAAACACCUUAUCGGAAAUCUCCCUGGGGGGUGCCAUCUCACGGUAAAGUUACUCUCACAACUCUGCGUCGAUAGUAAAGCCCACUCGUCUAUUUGCCCAAGGUUGUUCUGGAUGCCUGUCACUCAGGCACUUGCUGGAUCACAUUCAUGGGUGGUUGCCCCUACACACACGGCCACCUUGCCCUCCGGAGCACAUGUAAAGCGUCGUAAUGUAGUCGACGAUCCAGACAUGUUUGGAUCUCGACUCACCGAAAACCUGAGGGUCCUAAACUUGAUCAGCGCUGUACUGGAGAAACCAGAACCUAACCUAUACAAUGAUUUCCAAAGCACCGAAAUAUUCUGUACUGGCUUUUGUAAAACAUCUGACUCGGAUAAGCCAUCGAAAGGAGCAAAUGUGAUUUGUCUCUCGUCAUGUAAAGACAAUCAGUUAACCUGGGAAACAAACGACGGAUGGUCGAUGACAAGGGCAUUAAUAGAACUAUGCGAACGCGAAUCGCAUCCAACGCUAAAAGAUCUAAUGCUGCACGUCAUACAGGAAACAAGGCAACAUUUGCUCAAGAUUCACCUUAGAAUACAAAGUUAUGCGGUAAAGGCUCAUGCUUGGUCUCAGAGGCAGGAUUACAGACAGGAUCCACAGCUUUCCAGCGAACCUAGUCCGAUGGACAUGGCGAACGUUCUUUGGGAUCCCUAG